CAAAAACUAAAAACAAGAGAGAGAGGAAAUGUAGAGAGAGAAUUCUCUCUGCAGAUUUUAGAUCUAGAUUCAAAAUUUGAAUCUUUUUCUCCUUGUUUUUUCAUCUAAGCUAUGUAUGGAGCAGAACAAGAUCUCCUAUCUUGAAGCCACCGUCUGUGCUCGUCCGUCUUGUCGCUCCAUUCUAAGUCUCGUAAGAAUCAGCUCAACCUUCUCAUGGCUCUUUUGGUGAUUUCGUCUUUUCAGUCGCAACUCCGCCCUCCGGCUCGACUCCGCACUCCGUCUCCUUCGUCUGUCUCGACUCCGCCCUCCGUGUCCUUUGUUUCCACUCCGCCCUCCGACUCGGAGUCCCGACUCCACCCUCCGACUCCUCUGAUUCGACUCCGCAAUCCGUCUCUUCCGUCUCGACUCCGCCCUGCAUCUCAUCUGUCUCGACCCUGCCCUGCGUCUCCUCCGUCGAAACUCCAAGUCCAUCCUCCCCCUGAUCCGCCACCGUGUACGUAUCCCCCUGUGCUACCUGAAGCUCGCUCUCCGCCAAAACCACCGGACCCUCCUGACGUACCGUUCAAUCUCGUGCUUCUUCUGAUGUCCGACACAGCCUCUUCUCAACUGGUCUCAAAAACUCCUGAUUUGAAAUCCCUUAUGCUGAAUCUGGUGCCUGUGUUCAGUGAUGGUGUUAUUUCUCUGGUGUGUGUUGAUGACACAAGUUUUGUCUCAAAGUGCUUGUCUCCUGCAGUAUGCAGUGUGUUCCUUUACUGGUGCGUUGAUUGGAGUCUUCACCGUUUCUCACCCAGAGAUUUCAUAUAUCCGCCUCUCCCGUUCAUUAUGCUUGUCAUUGUGGUUGUUGAUUCAACAAUGGGUUGCUCGAUCCCCAUCCCCAACUCCAUCUCCGUCUCUCUUCCUCUUCCAUUAAUCCAGGUGUUAUCUCAGAGAUUUUUAAACUUAAUAUUAGGUGAUGAGUUGAUAUCAUUGGUUUGGUAUCUUGAACUCUCCGUUGAUCUAUCUCUGUUUUUCGCUUUGGUGCGCCCCUUUACUGCAGUAUGCAGUCCCUUUACUGCAAUAUGCAGUUCUAUUUCUGUGGUAUUCAAGUCCUUAUGUGCUCAGUGGCAGCUUAAUGGAUUGAUGCCUCACAUAUCCAUUCAUCAUGUGAAUCGGGUCGUUUACUGUCUGGUUUCCGCUUUUAUGGAAUUUGUUCUUCUCCCAAUUUCAUCAUCUACUUUAUGUGGUUUUGGUGUAGGGAAUGUAUUGUUGAAGAUUAGAGAUACUUCUAACACUGAAGUACUAAUCAAAGGCUUUGUAGCCAUGUUGAAGAUUGUUGAUUGUGCACUUGUUGCUGCUUCAAUUUUGGGAUUUAUAUCACUGCCCGUGGUCACUAAUUUCCAAGGCUUCAUCUUACUUUACAGCUCGAUGGUCGCUGAGAUUAGAGGACUUCUCGACAUCAUUAGUUGUUUAAAUGCUUUGUAUGCCCCUAUCUUUCUAUGUUGCAUUUGCUUCCUUGUAAUAGCUGUUUGUUGUUUGCCAUGGAUGGCUUUGUCUUCGUGUAUGCACACUUUCUCCAUUUAUGGAGAGUAACUUUUAUAAGAGUAAGGUUUGAUCAAAAAAAAGGAAAUGAACUUCCCCCCAAGAUGGAUCAGUGAGUGUUAACAUUUUGAGUAAUAAUGAAAAAAAAUAGCUGGUGGUGCUUAUCUCAUUUCAUAUUAAGAGACAACUUCAUUGGUGACAUAAGCUACAAAUUUAUUUACCCAAAGGUCUGUAUAUAUAUAUUCUAUAAACUACAAAGUUAUGCAAGAUUUGUAACUUCAGCAUAAUCAUAACCUGUUCUGUCCAGAUUUGGAUCCUUGGGCCUGAAUUCAAACACUAGACAGUUAACACCAGAAAUUAUUAGGCUAAAAAUCAAAUACAUCAUCUCCAAUCCAUCUUUAUUUUAGAACUUUCCUAUUAUAAAAGAUAAAAUAAAUUUUAUCUCAAUGUGUUUCUCUAUAAAAUAAAUGAUAUAUUCUCAUAUACUGAUAAAUGCCUAUAUUUACCUCUUAAUAUAGAGGAAUACAGAAAAAACAACAGUUCUCUGUAAAUGGAAGGAAAAAGUGAUUAAAUUUCAGGUGUAUGACUCUGUCAGAAAGGUUUAAUUGAUGAAUUUAAGCUUUUGUUCGAAUUCGCUCUCAUUUUCUUUUACAGAUUUAUCAUGUUUAAUUUCUACUAUCAUUGUAGUUUAUGUUUGUUGUCAAAAAUGAUGGAUAAUUUCUUUUAUUGUAGUUUCAAAGCUUCAAACUAUUUUUUGAGCAACUGAAAUUAUAUUAUAGAUAAAUUGGGCUUUAGUUAGAAACUAAGCACACCUUAAAAAAAUUUGGUACAUAAAAGACCUUUGCAUAAGAAUCCGCAAACCUAUUGAAGAUCUUAGGAAUGAAAAUGCUUGAAAAAACGAAGAGUUGAUAAAGGAAUCAAUGUCCGCAAGAACCCCAAAGAGCUCUACAGAUCGAUGAUCCGAGAUGAUGGCUUGGAUAAGCCUUUUGUAAUCUGAUCAAAGCCAGCUGAAGUUGAGAUUAAGCGAGGCCGCAUGCAUCAGAGCAGCACGAAUCGUCGCCAUGGGCAGAGAGGAGACGUGUUCCUGGUAGGGCAUUCCCGAGUGGCAAAGCUUCAAACUUUUAAAAAUAAAAGUUGUGUUAAAAUAGUAUUUUAUUAAAAAAAAAUAGAGAGUGCAUUCUAUUUAAUUAAAAAGAGGAAAGUAUGUAUAGCUAGCUCAUCGGAUAGUGUUUUGUAAGCCCAUUGCCCAUUUUCAAAACAUACAUAAAUAAGUCAAAUGUGGAAGCCCAGUACAGAAAGAAAGAUACUGGACCAGCCAAUAGAGUUGCAUGUACUUAGUUGAUGUCGAUGAUGAUCCGUGAAGAGGAAAGUUGAUGAUCGAUUGCGAUUUUGAAGACACAAUCGAUAGCAAGCAGUGAAAGCAGAGUGAAGCUAGUAAGGCUGUUGUUGCCAGAAGUACAUUUCAGACCAAGCUAUUUAAGUUCAGUCAUUUUAGGCACUAAAACUAUAAUGAAUUUUCAAUAGUCAUCUACUCAAGUAUUAUAUAGUAACAAAUAUUAAAAAAUUAGCUAUAUGACUUAUUUUUAUCUGUUAUUUU